CCUAAGGCCGCAGCCAAAAAUGUCAUAAUACAAUAUUGCAUAUGAGCACCUUUGGAUAACCUACAUUAACCACGCGACGCUGCUCAGAAGCGGAUGGCUUGCGAAGUGGACAACUACUGAAGGUGGUUGUCUAACGAUCCCAUUUAUGUUUCGGUACAGCUGCUUGAUCGGCAUUCGGUGACAUUGGUAUCAAAGGCUCGCAAGCCAUGGUUUACAAAGGACCGAGUCGAGGAUGCUACACAUGCCGCAAGCGACGGGUAAAGUGUGACGAAGUCCGACCAGAAUGUGGCAACUGCAAGAAGCGCAAGCAGCCGUGUUCAGGAUACCGGGAUUUGUUUGACACCCUGCACAAGGAUGAAACCCACACGCACACUCACACCGCGGCCCACAACAACAAGAAGGCACCAUCAAAGAAGAAUCCAAGAGUCGAGAUAGCAGAAGAUCUCGAUAUCGCCCUCGACGACCUUGUUUCUCCCGAGCUGAACACAUCAUCCACGACUUCUUCAUCAACGCCGCAAUCUGGAGAUGCCCUGAUGCUUAUUGAACCGACGCGAAACGCUGAAGCCGAAUGCUUAGCCUACUUCUUCGUGAACUAUGUCAAUAUCCCACGAGAUCCGAGCACCAACAUCUUCAUCGAGCAUAUUCUUCCGCUAUACUUGAAUUCUUCGCUUGAUUCCGCCCUAACUCAAGCUGCCAAUGCCGUCGCAAUCAAUGUGACGCAGAUGUGGAUGGCUCGAUACAUGGACUCCUAUCUAGCUCGAGGGACCUAUGCAAGGGCCGUGAGCUUGUUGAAAUGCGCACUAGAAGAUCCGAUCGAGUCCAAGAGCGACGACACCCUUGCUGCGGUGUUCCUGCUCGACUUCUACGACUCCCUGAACAAGCGCUUCGUUGGAUUCAUUGACAACGGCACACACCAGCAAGGAGCAGUCGCGCUACUACGGCAUCGAGGCGAAGAGAACUUCAAAAGCCCCACCUCACAGCGACUGUUCACAGCAUUGAGAAGUCGGCACAUCAGCUUCUCCAUGCAAACGGGACAGAGAGUCAUGUUGAACGAGGACUUGCUCACCGAAGACACUGCGAUCCUUCCGUCGGCAAAGUUAGACCUCAUCAAUGCCGAGCUUGCAGACUUACACGUCGCUGCCGCCGAAGGGCCCGAAACUAUAGGUACGAGCGCGGUUGAGUACUACCAGUCUAUCAUCAAGCGGGCCCUGGUGAUUGCUCAGAAACUCGAAGCCUGGAGAAAUUCCUUGCCCAAGUCAUGGCAAUCCGUCCCCAUUCCGGCCUCGGAACUCCAUCCUUCGAUCCGAGCCGCCGGCGUCUACGGCGACACUGUCGACGUUUAUUCCUCGCUGACAGUCUCUCACGUCAACAACGCUUCCCGGAGCUCGCACGUUGGCGCAUUCCGUCUCAUCGCACUAUGCCAGCGAGAACUCAAAGCUCUCGGCGUCGAGACGGACCAUCGGCUCCAUUCGAAUAUCAUUUCCCGUACGCAAGAGAUCGUCGACCGUUUCUGUGCUUCCGUGCCGUACCAUUUGGGGAAUCGGACCACGCUUACAUUCCCUCACGAGCACAGCGAAUACCCGCAUGUCCCUGAUGAGCUGCGGAAACUGGCAAACUACGUCGAUCCGUUCGGCAACCCCGUCGAAAUGACACAGGAAGACCAUAUCCGCGCCGCAGCCGCUAUAGGAGGCUGGUUCGUCAUGACACCACUAAGCAACUUUCUCAGGGCGCCAGCGCUGCAAUGGCCGAAUUCUCAACCCGGUCCGCUUGUGAGCCACUUGCGACCAGGCCAGAUGGAUUGGAUACGUGGUCAGAUGAAACGGCUCCAGGCGAUCUAUGGCCUACCGACGGCUUCGACGAGCAACUGGCAGUUUCCCAUAAGGAAUCUACGUCUGGGCGGAGACAAGACCAGUGGCCCCUUCAAGGUACUGAAUCGGCAGCUUUGGCAGGUGUGAGGAGUGGCAUUGUCCAACACAAGAUGACGCACAUGUUACUCACCGCGUUCAAGUCCAUCCACUUGGUUGUUGUCUCAGCGAUGCAGCUACCGCGGAACCGACGUUCACCCAAGGCCAUGACAUAAGGCAGUGCUGGCGGUCUAUCCGACAACACUCGGAGCACACGGCCACUGUCUGUUAUGCAGACGGGGAAUUCGCAAUUGUCCCUGACUUGGCGGUACAGAUUGCUCGAGCGCACGGGAAGUUCUUAUCCGAGCACGAGCCUGCAAGCUGUCCUCGGCCAAUGGGUCACAAGUAAGCAGGAAGCUCUUCAUGCCCCGGGUAUAUGCUCGGCACUAGGAGACAAUGUCCAAGUGACCCUACGAAAGUUGGGCCAGCGUUUGGGAUCGCAAUGAGCACGUGUUGCACACUGUGAGUUUAAUCGCUCAAGUGGUUCUAGUUGGUUUCCCACCGAGGGUGUUGCAUUUCCAGGAGGCUAGAUGUUGGGUAGUGCAGAACACCCUCGGAUUUGCGCCCGGACAUAGCCACCCACUCUGGAUGUGGAUUGCGCAAGCACAAACCUGGUCUAAGGCAAUAUCUAUGUUUUGGUGGUGGGCGAUUAAGUUUUGGGGUUCCUUUCAUCCUUGGAUAUGUGCCAUGUAGAGUUCAAAUUAAGAUUCUGACGUGCAUAUGCUGAGCGAUCAAGUUGAGGAGGACUUGCCUUUUCGGGUCAUAUGGAAGUCCUUCUGGGCAAUGCUUGUAGGGAUAGAAGGCAUUCCGAAAGUUUGUUGGUGUAAGCGAAGGUCAAAACAAGAGAGACUUCUGGAUCGCGGAAAGAUAUGGCGAUGUCGAUAGAAGAUACUCUGAAGCUCUGGGUGAACCCGGGCGGUUGGAGGAAGUUUGUAUGGUCGGAAAAUGGUCCUAGGUUACCUAGGGUUGCAAGAUAUUGCGGGGUGUGCGCGUAAGAGAGCUACAAAAGAUCAAUAGGUUACUCUCUCAGCUGGGUGUUGUAGGUCUAAUCUCUGCGCCUGAGAGUACUGUAACUUGGUUGUUAGCACGCUGGUGUUUGGGGGCUGACUAUUGUCUCAUUAUCGACAACCGUAACCUGCGGCAAUGUAAGUUAGUGUUUGUCU